GUUAGAGCAAAUCAAAAUACUUGACUUCGAUUUUAAAAAUGCACCUAGCUUUUGCACGUGGACUUCUCAUACUAGUUAACGUUCUUCGCCAAGAGGUGUUUGCUCGUCCAGCAACAGGGAAACCACCCGAACACCCUCUAAAGUCUCAUCCGAGUUUAUACCGACGACAAGAAGUCGUCGCUGUCCCACCUGUGGCGACAUCAAUACUUGAGGGACCUUACCUUCCCCCUGCAAAUGCAGAAAAUGAGUUACUUGUUGGACCAACUGGAAUACCAAGUCCUCUGCAUCGCGGAUAUCCAUCGUUUCCCGAACCUCACAUCUCACAUUUGUUUCCUUACGUCUCCCACGCGACAUUUCAUGGCUUUUACUCUCAUCCGAGCUACCAUCCCAUGAUACCCUGGGGACUUCACCAUGGUUAUCACACUCACUGGCCUCAUAUGCAGGUUUCAGGACCAGUUUUUCUCGCAGAUCCAAAUGAUGGGAUGUAUCAGGAGCCUGUCACUGGAACUAUGAUUCCACGACCAAUAAUACCUCCACAGAAUCCAGGAUUCCGCUCUAUGAAUCACGCUCUUGAUAUGUACAGACACAAUCAUCUUGGAUCAAUGUUUCUUGGAAGGCAUGGUGCAAGAAUGUAUCCCGUUGAUGUCACCAACGUGGAAGAUCAAAUCUUAGACAAUUCAGCCAAUUUACACAGCUCACCGAGUGAGGAUGUCGCUGAUAAAAUGGAAGAGAUUAGGAAGGAAACCGAGCUUGAACGACAAAAAUUAAUGGAAGCAAUGAAACUAAACUCUGCGGACAAGAAAGUAAAAAAGCAGUAGCUCGUGGACAUCAA